AAAUGUACUCCGGUACUGAGAAAACACUCUCGAUGUGAAGUUGGCCGUGGCUUGGAACUGAAACCCUCCCGCCGAUGGAUCUCCUCUCCGCCGCCUAUGGCGCCACCUCCGACGACGACGCGGACGGCACCCCCGCUCCCAGCUUGGCCACCAGAAUCCUCCCCUCCGACGCCCCACCUCCCCCGAAGCGGCCUCGGUGGGAGCCUACCCCAUACCUACCACCUCGUCCCCUCUCCGCCCCUCUGCAAGCAGCGCCGCCGCUGAGCGCUCCCGCUAGCGGAAGGUACGUCUCCAAGAGGGAACGUGCCCUCCUGGCGGCGUCCCCGGUGCCCGUGGGCUCAGCCACACCGCUUCCUCCGCCGAUUGCACCAGAGUUCGAUUCUCCCGUUGUGGGAUCUCUAGCUGAUUCAAAUAUUAGAGCUGAUAUUUUGCAUUCUUUACGGUCUCAACUGAAACAUGGAUCAAGCAACAGUUUACCUUUGACGCUUUCAGUGUCUUUGAGGAGUCACACUAAAGCAGUUAAUUCUGUGGAUUGGGCACCAAGUCAUGGACAUCUUCUAGCUUCUGCUGGAAUGGACCAUACAGUGCACAUAUGGAACGUAUGGAACCAAGGGAAUACUACUGCUCGAGUUUUAAAAUAUCACACUGCUGCUGUAAAGGAUGUGAGGUGGUCCCCUCAUCGGCCCUUAUUGCUUUCUGGAGGGUUUGAUUGUUCCUCGCGACUAGUUGAUGUCGAGGAGGGAAAGGAAAUAAGUGUAUUCAAGGAGGAUCAAGCUGUGGAGGUCAUCAAGUUCAAUCCAAGUAACUCAAAUAUCUUCCUGUCUGGUGGUUCGAAGGGUUCUCUUAGACUCUGGGAUAUUCGAAGUGGUUUGGCCACUACAGAGUUCCAUAAAAGUCUUGGCACCAUCCUUGACAUUGAAUUCAGUGCUGAUGGGAAACAGUUUAUCUCUUCAACUGACACAACCAGAAGCAAUAUUAGUGAGAACUCUAUAAUUAUAUGGGAUAUUCUGCGACAAGUUCCUUUAUCUAACCAGGUUUAUACAGAAGCAUUCACCUGUCCUUGUGUGAGGUACCACCCAUACGAGUCUUCUUUUAUUGCGCAGUCCAAUGGUAACUACAUUGCGAUUUUUUCAGCAAGGCCACCAUUCAAGCUAAACAGGUAUAGGCGGUUCGAAGGUCAUGGAGUGUGGGGUUUCCCGGUAAAGUGCAGUUUCUCUCUCAGCGGUAGGGAACUUGCAUCUGGUUCAUCAGAUGGCUGUAUCUACUUUUAUGAUUAUAAAUCUUCAAAGUUUUUGAGGAAAAUUGAAGCCUUCAAAGAAGCAUGCACUUAUGUUGCAUACCACCCUGUGAUACCAAAUGUGAUUGCUUCAUGUGGCUGGACUGGAGAAGUAACUGUUUUUGAAUGAAAAACACUAAUACUUGCAGUGUUCAGAUUCAGGUCCUUUUGACCUAUUCCUACAAUCGUAACUAAGCUUUGAGUUUGGGUAAUUGUGGUCCACUGUUUCUCUAUCAAAGCGUGUCACUAUGUACAGCUGGGACACAGUUUGCUGUUUCUUACUGGAGGUUGUACUUCUCUGGGCCAGUUUGUGCUUUAUCUUGUAGAUGAGUGCUAUGGUGCAUGGUAUUAUGUUGUCUCGAAACACACUUCGCAUAAGAUAUUUUGACUGGAUGGUUGAACGAA